UAACUUGACACCUGGCUGCGCGCUGCAGCCACCACCGCUUUACCCGCAGAAAACCUAUUUAAAAAGGAAAGGGAUGAGUCCAGCGCUCCUGACUCCGUUAUCCGCCUCCGAACAACCCAGCUCUCGCUCCGGGCUGCGCGUCCCUCGAUCUGGAUCGGCAUUGAUGAAUGAAACGCCAGGGAAUAUUCAGCUUUCAGUUGCGCAGGGAGACUCUGUCACACCAGCCGCCGAGAAGGAAUUUAUGUCGGGCUUGACAGGCUGCUCAACAUGAGUUUUCCCCUCGGGAACUUCAUCGGAAGGUUGUCAAAUGCGUAAAACGGGGACGCUCGCCUUCCCCUCUGCUUCCAAAGGAGUCACGCUGUGAUUAACGGAUCAGGUUUUUGACUGCCAGGACAAAUGAAUACAAAUGAAUUUAGGCACCCGAAGGAGAGAUUGCAGAACCUCUCGUUUUGGCACAAAGAGAGCCCUAUUGCUCUGCACACUUUUAUAUUGUACUUGUUACCUAGGACGUGCACAAGUACACUCUGAAGAUGUGGACAUCCUCCAAAAAUUGGGGCUUAAAGGAGAGAAGCCAUCACGCUCUGCGCCAGCAGGGGUCAUUCCAUUUAAAUCUGGGGUCAUCCUUAAUCAGCAGGCGCACAUUGAGGCUCCACUGCGCUCAGUCAUCCCAGCAGGGGUUUGGCCCAAGUUGGCACUGGUCCUGAGUGUACGGUCGCAUCGAGUGAACAAUGCUUUCCUCUUCACUCUGCUUUCGGGCAACAAAAAGCUCCUUCUUGGCCUGCAGCUUGUACCGGGCAGUCUCGUCCUACACGCAGGACCAAACACAUCAGUGGCUCUGCAGUACGAGCCCCAUGAUGGCCAGUGGCACCAACUGGCUUUGGGAAUUAAUGGACAGAACGUGACUCUAUAUGCCUCCUGCGGAGAGCAGAGUAUUCAGGCGGACUUUGGGUGGGAUGGUGAGGAAGGACUCACUUCACAGCUUGAGGGUUCCUUUCUGCUCGGGCGGACAAUCCAGCAGCAGGCGUCAGCGCAUUUUGAAGGAGCCAUUUGCCAGUUUGACCUGGUACCUUCUGCACAGGCAGCUCACAAUUACUGCAGGUACAUUAAGAAACAGUGCAGGGAAGCUGACACAUACAGGCCUAACCUCUCCCCUUUGCUGCCUGUACUACCAAGAAGGACAAACAUCUCAGCUACUGCUGCAACCCCCAAGCGCAGUGGUCUACCGACUGCCAGGAAGCCCACGGGGUUUAGCCUUGCCAAGAGUGUUGCUGCUGCCGCCUCAGCUGUUAGAUAUGUGCCUCCCUCACAAGCCAAAAAGCCAAAUCAUGGGAUUGUUUCCACUCCUCAGUCUGUAACGAUGAUGCCAGUCACAGCUCAGCUUGGUUUGGUUGCUCCAUCCCCCAGUAUCAAGACUGUAACUGUAACAAUGCCAUUACGGACAACAGCUGCGCCAACAAAGCCACCAUCCCCCAAACCCGCAACGUCUAAAGUUCAAAAGCAAAAGUCCCCUAAGCCUACACCCCCUUCUAAGAACUCUUCCAAAAAGACAAACACAGUAACGGACCGCAACAAGAAGCCUACUGUUCCUACCAACACCAAGAAACUUACUGUUGCUACCAAUACCAAGAAACCUACGGUUCCAUCCAAAACCAACAAGAAACCUACAGUUCCCAACAACACCAAGAAACCUACAGUUCCCACCAACACCAAGAAACUUACUGCUCCUAACAACACCAACAAGAAACCCCUAAAGAUAAAUCCUAAUUAUGUCUUACUUGAUCAAGCUCCUGUCACCAAGAAGCCUUCACCAACAGCAGGAAAGAAAACGUCUCCCAAGCCUAAACCAACAACUUCCAAACCCAAAACACCCAAACCCAAAACUUCCAAACCCAAAUCGAAUUCUGUCAAAGACGUCACUCCUACACCAGCAUCAUCCAAAGUUAACCCCACGAAAUCCCCAGCCUCCAAAACGACCACUGCUAAAACCUCAAAGCCAUUUUCCAAGCAGAAUACCAACACAACAAAGCAUAACAAAGUUACCAAACCUGGAGUCAGUCCACGCCCUACCAAGACCUCAUUCAACAUAGUCACGCCUCCUGCCACUGAUGGCUUUUUUAGCUGGGAGGUGCCACCUACGCUGUAUCCAAUGCUGGCAGGACCUAGAGGACCUAAGGGGCUGAAAGGAGAACGAGGGCUGUCGGGACUGCCGGGACCCCCAGGGAAGCCAGGGCUGCCAGGCAAGAGAGGUCCUCGGGGCGCCCCCGGUCCUCAUGGGAACCCCGGUCGACCUGGUCCACCUGGUUUGAAGGGGAAGAAAGGAGACCCUGGUUUGUCACCUGGACCUGCACCUAAAGGAGAAAAGGGAGAUCCUGGGAUCAUUGGCCCAGUUGGAAAACCUGGUCAAAUAGGUCGAAUUGGUCAGAAAGGUCACCCCGGUCCACCUGGACUCCCUGGAGAGCCUGGGGAGCAGGGGCCAGUUGGAAGCCCAGGUGCCAAAGGUUAUCCUGGCAGGCAGGGUUUACCAGGGCCUAUAGGGCCAAGGGGGCCUAAAGGCGUCCGGGGUUUCAUUGGAAUCCCUGGCCUUUUUGGUCUCCCUGGGCCUGAUGGUGAAAAAGGCAUUCCUGGUGAACCAGGGAAGAGGGGCAAGAUGGGUAGGCCGGGUUUUCCGGGGGACUCUGGAGAAAGAGGCCCACCUGGAGCAGAUGGAGAGCCAGGAGACAUGGGACCCUUAGGUCCAAAUGGAGUUCCUGGACUUGUUGGUGAUAUGGGACCUGUAGGAGAAAUGGGCCUUUCUGGACCAGCUGGACUGAAAGGGGUUCCAGGAAAUGCAGGAGAACCAGGACUGAAAGGUGAUAAGGGAGAUAUUGGGAUUCCUGGAGAGCAGGGGGAGAUUGGCUUCAAAGGAGAUAAGGGUAUCCAAGGACCUCCAGGAUUAAUAGGCGUUCGUGGGAAACCAGGACCACAGGGAAAAGAAGGAGACAAAGGACCAGAUGGAGCACCAGGACCACCAGGUCCCGAGGGUUUCCCUGGUGACAUGGGACCGCCAGGAGAGAACGGCCUUGAAGGACCAAAGGGAAAACCAGGAAACAGAGGUUUACCGGGGCCACGAGGGAUCCCUGGCUUGGAGGGAGAGCCUGGUGUUACAGGAAAACCUGGACCCAUGGGAGAAAGAGGCUUGCUGGGUUUCAUCGGACCUGUGGGAGAGGCAGGACUGGCAGGCGAGAAGGGGGAUCGAGGUCAGAUGGGCGUUCCCGGACCACCUGGAGAAAAGGGAUCAACGGGUCACCCAGGAAUUCCAGGUGAGACUGGACCUCCUGGACCACCAGGAAGACCAGGCCCUCCUGGAGCGUCUGGCCCAGCCGGUACCAGAGGACCUAAAGGCCUUCGGGGAGCAAGAGGGCCUGACGGUCCAACAGGCGAGAUGGGCUUAGAAGGCAAGAAGGGUCCUGAUGGUCCUCCAGGAAAAAUCGGAUUCCCGGGAUCACAGGGAAAGAUUGGAGAACCAGGGGAAACUGGGCCUAAAGGAUUUCCUGGUGUUCAAGGACCGUCUGGACCUCCAGGGGAUAAGGGAAUUGCAGGGGAGCAGGGACCACCCGGCCCACCUGGGACUCUAGGACCGUUGGGGGAAAUCGGCCAAAUGGGUCCUCCAGGCAAACUGGGAGAGCCAGGCCUGCCAGGCGAGCUUGGGGAAAAGGGAGCUAUUGGACCUGCAGGAAACAUCGGAGAGCAAGGGCUGAUAGGACAGAGAGGAGAACCAGGCUUGGAAGGAGAUCCUGGCCCAGCUGGUCCUGAUGGAGCUAAGGGUGAAAAGGGUGAUAUGGGCCAGGAGGGCAACAAAGGAGACAAAGGUGAAACUGGACUGAAGGGGAAGGAAGGUCUACCCGGUAGUCCUGGUUUAAUCGGUGUCAGGGGUCAAGAAGGAAAGCCAGGAAAAAUUGGGGAAAUAGGCAAACAAGGCCCAAAGGGGGCAAAAGGUCACAUUGGUCACCUUGGAGAGACUGGACCGGUUGGGAAAAUAGGACUACCUGGUACUGUUGGGCCUAAGGGGUCCAGAGGAACUAUUGGACAUGUGGGAGCUCCUGGUCGAAUGGGUCAACAAGGGGAACCGGGUCUUCUGGGCUACCAGGGCCAUCAGGGACCUCAAGGGUCCAUGGGGCGCCCAGGACCAAAAGGUGAAAAGGGGGAGCAGGGGGACGAUGGGAAGCAAGAGGGCCCCCCUGGUCCUCAAGGUGACAGAGGACCCCAAGGAGACAGAGGAGAAAGAGGGGAAUCAGGAGACCCUGGUUACAAAGGUCAAAUUGGUGUGGAUGGAGAACGAGGCAGACCUGGAGCUCCCGGAGCACCAGGUCACACUGGACCACGAGGGCAGAAGGGACCUAAAGGGGCCAAAGGAGAUCAAGGUCAGAAAGGCAAAAAGGGUCAGCUGGGACAAAAAGGAGCCAGAGGAAUAGAGGGUCGAGGGGGUCCGUCCGGUCCCAGAGGUGUGGUUGGCCCAGAAGGCCAGGAAGGUGUCCCCGGGCCAGAUGGUCUCGCUGGAAAAGAUGGCAGUAGAGGCAUGCCGGGUGAGCACGGUGACGACGGGGAACCGGGGCUUCCUGGUAAAGCUGGCGAACGUGGAAAACCAGGUGUUCCAGGACUUCCAGGAGAUCAAGGAGGCAUUGGACCAAAAGGUGAGCAGGGCCUUCGAGGUCAGAGUGGACCGCCAGGAAAAAAGGGUUUUAAAGGUGGAGCGGGAAUUCAAGGACCAAAGGGAGACAGAGGACCCAAAGGACAGCCUGGUGAUACAGGGGCUCCAGGUUUUCCAGGAAUUUUAGGUGUUUUUGGGCCAAAGGGGCCUCCAGGAGACUUUGGUCCGAAGGGCAUACGAGGACCGAAGGGGCCUCUGGGGGCACCAGGCAGAGUAGGAGUUGUUGGCCCCGUGGGGAUAAUUGGUCCCAGUGGAAGCACCGGUCCUCGAGGACAGAAGGGCACCUCUGGGGAACUUGGAUUUCAAGGCCCACGGGGAUCCCCUGGGCCUCGCGGACCCCCCGGACCACCUGGCCCCCCAAGUGUCCCUCUGUCAUUUAAAGAAGAUGGUGUCUUGUUCGUGGAAACACCCACCCCCCUCAGGACUGAGAAUAAGCCUUUAAUGGAUCUUCCAAUACUGGACCAGGGAGCAGAGAUCUUUAAGACCCUCCACUACCUCAGUAACCUGAUCCAGACCCUGAAGAACCCACUGGGCACUCGGGACAACCCUGCCCGCAUCUGCAGGGACCUGUACAGCUGUGAACAGAAGUUAAAUGAUGGCACUUAUUGGAUUGAUCCUAACCUGGGCUGUUCAUCCGAUACCAUAGAAGUCUCAUGCAACUUUACUGGAGGCGGACAGACUUGCAUCAAACCAAUUACAGCUUCCAAGCCGACAGUUACUGUUGGGCGCGUCCAGAUGAACUUCCUGCACCUGCUGAGCUCAGAGGCUGUUCAGCAUGUCAUCAUCCACUGCCUGAACGUUUCGGUUUGGAGGUCAGCUGAAGACGGACUUCUUGCCCAGGGCUCUGUGAGAUUCAAGGCGUGGACAGGGGAGGUGUUUGAAGCGGGAGGAGAGCUCGAGCCAGAUGUUCUGGAGGAUUCCUGCUGGAUAAAAGAUGGACGCUGGCACCAGACCCAUUUUGUGUUCCACUCCCUGGACCCCACCUUGCUUCCUGUAGUUGACAUCUACAGCCUUCCGAAAACAACUCCAGGCUCUCAUUACCACCUAGAAGUGGGUCCCGUUUGCUUCCUGUGAGAAGCAGCUUUGAGCAUGGAGGGUUGGACUCUGCAGGAUGCGUUCGUGCUGGCUCGGAGACCAUAACGGUCUUCAAAUCGUGGCCCAAGAAAAAGGCAAUCCUCCCCCCAACACAACAAAAUCCCACUUGACUGCAGAAACAGAGGGAAGAAACAAUUGUGGGGGGGGGUGCCAUUGAGGAGUUCUUGCACUAUAACGGCUUCUCUGUACGGCAAAAACGUCUUCAAGCCUUUCAAGGAGGAUCUCCACAUAGAUGCCUGCUUGGAGAAAUGAGGCCACAUGAUGUCUCUAGAACAUUAAUAAGUCAAAGGAGACAAAAAGUUCACAAGUGAACAGUUAAGAUAACUUAUUUUGGUACACAGUCUGUUUACUGUGUGUGCAUUUUGGGAAAAACACAAAUCAAAAAUGUCAGAAAAAAAAGAACGAAUGGAAUUGGAAUGGUGUAAAUGUAACACACAAGCACACAUACAUAAAGGGAUCGGUGUGCGUG